AUGCGUUUAGGAGUAAGUUCUACGCCCACAAAAGGUACGCGAACCAAGUUCGCUAAGUCGGAGAUCCUCUUACGAGAGGUCUACGCACGCGUGUUCAUAGGAACGACUCCGGAUCAGUGGCUUGUCUUCUGUUCCAUGCGUUUAGGAGUAAGUUCUACGCCCACAAAAGGUACGCGAACCAAGUUCGCAAAGUCGGAGAUCCUCUUACGGGAGGUCUACGCACGCGUGUUCAUAGGAACUACUCCGGAUCAGUGGCUUGUCUACUGUUCCAUGCGUUUAGGAGUAAGUUCUACGCCCACAAAAGGUACGCGAACCAAGUUCGCUAAGUCGGAGAUCCUCUUACGAGAGGUCUACGCACGCGUGUUCAUAGGAACGACUCCGGAUCAGUGGCUUGUCUUCUGUUCCAUGCGUUUAGGAGUAAGUUCUACGCCCACAAAAGGUACGCGAACCAAGUUCGCUAAGUCGGAGAUCCUCUUACGAGAGGUCUACGCACGCGUGUUCAUAGGAACGACUCCGGAUCAGUGGCUUGUCUUCUGUUCCAUGCGUUUAGGAGUAAGUUCUACGCGCACAAAAGAUACGCGAACCGAGUUCGCAAAGUCGGAGAUCCUCUUACGAGAGGUCUACGCACGCGUGUUCAUAGGAACGACUCCGGAUCAGUGGCUUGUCUUCUGUUCCAUGCGUUUAGGAGUAAGUUCUACGCGCACAAAAGGUACGCGAACCAAGUUCGCUAAGUCGGAGAUCCUCUUACGAGAGGUCUACGCACGCGUGUUCAUAGGAACGACUCCGGAUCAGUGGCUUGUCUUCUGUUCCAUGCGUUUAGGAGUAAGUUCUACGCCCACAAAAGGUACGCGAACCAAGUUCGCUAAGAACGACUCCGGAUCAGUGGCUUGUCUUCUGUUCCAUGCGUUUAGGAGUAAGUUCUACGCGCACAAAAGAUACGCGAACCGAGUUCGCAAAGUCGGAGAUCCUCUUACGGGAGGUCUACGCACGCGUGUCCAUAGGAACGACUCUGGAUCAGUGGCUAGUCUACUGUUUCAUGCGUUUAGGAGUAAGUUCUACGCCCACAAAAGAUACGCGAACCAAGUUCGCAAAGUCGGAGAUCCUCUUACGGGAGGUCUACGCACGCGUGUUCAUAGGAACGACUCCGGAUCAGUGGCUUGUCUUCUGUUCCAUGCGUUUAGGAGUAAGUUCUACGCGCACAAAAGAUACGCGAACCGAGUUCGCAAAGUCGGAGAUCCUCUUACGGGAGGUCUACGCACGCGUGUUCAUAGGAACUACUCCGGAUCAGUGGCUUGUCUACUGUUCCAUGCGUUUAGGAAUCUGACACUUGAAACUGGAAAACCGUGGAUAUGCCUAAUGAUGCAAACAAAGACUAUCGCCACUGAAAUGGACACGGAUUAUCUACCCGAUCCAUCCUCACCAUUUCAAUUAUUUCUGGCAGCUUCCAGAUCGGAAGACCCUUCAUUUUCCUUGAAAAAUCUCAAAGAUUCGAUGAGAAGAAGACAACAAUAUGGAGAAGUUACAGUUGGUAAAAUCCAAGAACAUAUGCACAUGGAACAGUGGGUUGAGAUGGAAAAACGAAAUGCGGAGACAGAACUACGGUGGUAUAAAUCAGCGCAUGACUGUUCGAUGAGCACUAAAAUUGCCUAUCUAUCCGCCUGUAUCAUAUUCGGAGCCAUUAGUUGUCAGUUGGCUUACAAUUUAUAUAUUGGCCCGGAGUUAUCAGAUGAAUUAGGAGCUGUGUUAUUUUUCAUCAUAUAUUUACCGCUUUUUGCCAAUUUAUUUUCGACCAUGAAAGCACCCAUCCAGGGUUUUGACCCACUGUACAACAGGUAUUGCAAUUCGAUGAAUGUGUCACAGCUGGAACAACGUCAACUUGAACUCAUAGAUCGCUACCUGAAUGAAGUAUUACCGAUGAAAGCGGAAAUUCCAGCUACCCGUUAUCGACAUGACGUUUUGGCAAUGAUCAUUGCUGGAGAAUGGAUCUUUUAUGCUUCGUUCCGCUUUUGCUAUUCAAUUUUUCAUCUGUCAUACAAUUGGUCCAACGAGAAGAUUCGAAGAUUUGACAUUAUAGACGCUGGAAUCUCUGGAGUCGUGUUUUUGUCUCUCAGUGGGUGGCUCAUCGACUUUUUGAAUUCUUGGCACUUUGCCAAACAAACAAAGAUGAAAUUGAAAACUUUUAUUGACUGUUGA